AUGCUCUUUGAACUAGGAUUGAUCGUAGCUCUUACAACCGCCGUCGCGUCGGAGACAGUCCACGGCGUUGUGGCCUUCACCAGGCAUGGCGACCGUACAACUCGCAUGUUCCCUGGCUACGAUCUGACCCAUCUCGGCGCGCAACAGGCUUACAACUCUGGACAGUUCUACCGUCAACGAUAUGUAGCAGACAAUGCGUCCUUCCCAAUUGCCGGAAUGGCGCCCGACAAGGUUAACAGUCGACAAGUCUGGGCCAGCGCCCCAAACCAGGGUCUACUCCUCCAGACUGCCACGAACUUCCUCCAGGGACUGUACCCGCCCUUGAGCCAACUGGACGAAGCCAUGGCGACCGAAGCCUUGACCAACGGAAGCAGUUACACCGGACCGCUUGACAGCUACCAGUUUAUCCUGAUCCAGGGCCAACCAGCAACCAGUCAAGACACCAUCUGGAUCAAAGGCGACGACAACUGCCCUUUCCAUAUUGCUUCCCAGAAGUCCUACCUGAAAACCCCAGAGUACCAGACCGUCUUCAACGAAACUCUAAAAUUCUAUCAACGAUUUGUGCCGCUCCUCAGUGAUAUCCUCGGUGACGACGGAGUCAGUUACGAGAACGCCUACGAGGUUUUUGAUCUAAUGAACGUGGCCUCCAUCCACAAUGAGUCCAUCGCCGGUAAGAUCGAAAGCUCGGAUCUAGAUCAGCUCCGCUAUCUUGCAGACAUGUGGGAGUAUAAUACGAACUUCAAUGCUUCUGAGCCCGCAAGGAUGAUUGGUGCUAAGACUUUAAUUGGUGGUAUCCUGCGACAAAUGAACACAACCGUCGCGUCCGGGGGCCGGAGCAACAAAUUUCAGCUCUUCUCCGGAUCCUAUGACACCUUUAUUUCCUUCUUUGGCCUCACCGACUUAACCUCGGUCAGCCCUGACUUCCACGGCUUGCCCGACUAUGCCUCGACCAUUGCGUUUGAGCUAUUCACUGAAGAUGGCGAUAGGGACAGCCCUGCUAACUUCCCCUCGGCAGACGCGGUCAAUGAGACCCUAUAA